AUGUCUGAAACUCCUGAACCCCCACAAAAGACUGAUAAUUACUUUUCGCAAGAUUGUGUUAUCAAAAUUUCUAAGUUUCCAGAAGAAAAAAGCACAAUCCAUGAAGCAGUACAUAAACAAGCUAAAUGCCUGAUAUGUAAAGAGGUACAUACAUGUAGAGGUAUAUGGGGCAAUUGGAGCUGUCUCAGUAAAAAUGAUCACUAUUUUCUUAAUUGCCCUUUUCAUAUUGAUCAAAAUAAAGUUAUAAUCGCUAUACAGAGCUUACUGGAAAUUCAAGUAAGUGUACCAAACAAAACCCACCUUUAUCAGCCAGAGGCUGGCUUACGUCAAUAUGCCAUUGAACAUGGAAUGGAUCCCAAGAAUUUUUCAGUUAUUACUGAGGCUGAGAAAGGCAGGAAGAUACUAGAAAAUAUCAGUGGUUUAAGUACUGCAUGGCUAGAUGAUCUGAUGAAAGAAUUGGAAGAAAUCCAUACUCAAUUUGUACAAAUUUUUAGCUGGAGUUGGUAA